AUGUUGGUUUUAUUUGACACAGCUUCAGGAUAUGCGAUUUUUAAGCUUUUAGAUGAAAGCAAAUUAUCACAAUCAGACGAUUUAUUUAAAGACUUUGAAAGUCCUGACACCGCCAGUAAGAUUAUUCAACUCAAAUAUUUUCAGAAAUUUGAAGACACAACAAAAGGCCUUGCUGCUGCCACUGCUGCUGUGGAAAGCAAACUAAGCAAAAAUUUGAAAAAGUUCCUCAAGAAAACAGUUUUGAAAGAUGCCACUGAAGAAUUGGCAAUUGCUGAUGCAAAACUGGGCAGCAUUAUUAAGGAAAAGUUGAACUUGCCUUGUGUAAGCAGUCCCAAUGUCACAGAGCUGAUGAGAUGUAUUCGAAUGCAGGUUAACAACCUUUUAACUGGCAUCUCUGACAAGGAGGUAGCAGCCAUGAAUAUUGGUUUGGCUCACAGCUUAUCACGAUACAAACUGAAAUUCACACCUGAUAAAGUAGACACAAUGAUUGUACAGGCAAUUUCUUUGUUGGAUGAUUUGGAUAAAGAAUUAAACAAUUAUGUGAUGCGUGCAAAAGAAUGGUAUGGUUGGCAUUUUCCAGAACUUUCCAAAAUCAUUACAGAUAGCAUUGCUUUUGCAAAGGCAGUCAAUCUCAUGGGGGAUCGGACCAAUGCUGUAAAUUUAGACUUCUCUGACAUUCUCCCAGAAGAAGUAGAAGAGGAACUGAAAACUACGGCUGAAAUUUCCAUGGGAACUGAAAUUGCAGAAGAGGAUAUAAUGAAUAUAAAAAGUUUAUGUAAUCAGAUUAUUGAAAUUUCUGAUUACCGAUCAACAUUAUUUGACUACUUAAAGAACAGAAUGGUGGCCAUUGCUCCAAAUCUCACAGUUCUUGUUGGAGAAUUGGUUGGUGCCAGGCUUAUUGCUCAUAGUGGUUCCCUGUUGAAUUUAGCCAAACAUCCAUCUUCGACCAUCCAAAUUCUGGGGGCUGAAAAGGCUUUGUUCCGUGCCCUCAAGACCAAACAUGAUACGCCCAAAUAUGGUUUGAUCUACCAUGCCUCAUUGGUUGGACAAAGCAAUGCCAAAUUGAAAGGAAAGAUUUCCCGAACAUUAGCAGCAAAGGCUUCACUGGCUAUUCGUUAUGAUGCCCUUGGGGAAGGAGAUGAUGCUGAAUUAGGCUUGGAGCAUAAAGCCAAACUAGAGCGGAGAUUGAAAGCCAUGGAGGAAGGAAGUCAUCGUCGAGUGAGUGGAGCAGCCAAAUUAAAGAAGUGGGACAAAUAUGAAAAUAAAAGCUUUGUUCAAAAAUAUGAAGAGAAGCAGGAUUCAACAUUAAGCAAAAAGAGGAAAAAAGAAGAGGACGAAGAUGAAGAGGAAGAAGAAGAAAAACCAAAAAAGAAAAAACGGAAAGAAGCAGUUGAAGUGAAAGUAGAACCAAAGGAGGAAGAGGAACAAAUUGAAGAAACAGAAAAUCUUUUUUUCUCUCUCUCUCUCUUCAGAAUCUCUUUGAAGAAUUGA